AUGCUUCCAAUAUUAGCUAGUCUUGUCACCCACAUACUUAAAAGAGAGGCAGAUGAUGACUUGGAAAAUGAACCAGACUCAUCUCAAAUGGAAAUAUUCUCUUCAUGGGCGCUUUUUAUCAUGAUAAUGCUUCUCAUGGCCGCCUUAUUUACGAGUUAUAUGUUACAACAGAAAAAAGUAGAAGCUGUACAUGAGACUGUAAUAUCAAUAUUUGCUGGUAUGACUGUGGGCUUGAUAUUGAGACUAAGUUCCGGAACUUCUAUACAAAAUCUAGUCAGCUUCAAUUACCAGAUAUUUUUCAAUCUCCUCCUACCCCCAAUUAUCUUAGCGUCUGGAUAUGAGCUUCAUCAAGCCAAUUUUUUUCGUAAUAUCGGUACGAUCAUGACAUUUGCCUUUGUUGGAACUUUUAUAUCUGCUGUUGUAUUGGGUUUAAUCCUCUGGGUUUACACACGCGUUCCGAUCGAUGGAUUCGACAUGAGUUUCGUGGAUGCUAUUUCGGUUGGCGCAACUCUAUCUGCUACUGAUCCUGUCACAAUCCUGGCCAUAUUCAACACUUACAAGGUUGACCCCAAGCUUUACACCAUAAUAUUUGGUGAAUCUAUUCUCAACGACGCGGUAGCCAUUGUUAUGUUUGAGACUGCGCAGCGCUAUAAAGAGGGAGGUGCUGCCGGCACCCUUGGAAUCGUCAGCUUGCUGGAGGGUAUCGGUAUUUUUCUGGUAGUUUUCUUUGUAAGUCUGAUGAUUGGCGUUUGCGUUGGGAUCGGCACAGCUUUGGUCUUAAAGUGGACUUAUGUCAGGAGACUCCCCAAGAUCGAAAGCUGCCUAAUCGUGUUGAUUGCUUAUGCUAGCUACUUCUUUUCCAAUGGGCUGCACAUGUCAGACACAGGAAUUGUAACACUACUCUUUUGUGGCAUCACUCUCAAACACUAUGCAUAUUACAACAUGUCGCGGCGAACUCAACUUACUACAAAGUAUCUUUUCCAGGUCCUUGCCCAACUUUCCGAGAACUUUAUAUACAUUUACCUCGGACUUUCACUUUUUACGGAAUCAAAACUAGAAUUCAAACCACUUUUCAUCAUUGUGACAGUUUUUGGCAUAUGUGCCGCUCGCUGGACCGCAGUUUUCCCUCUUUCACGUGCCAUAAACUGGUUCAUCCGCUAUCGAGCUCGCAGUAAAGGGAAAGAGGCUGCUGAUGAGCUUCCAUAUAAUUAUCAGGCUAUGCUCUUUUGGGCAGGUCUACGAGGAGCUGUUGGGGUUGCCUUAGCAGCCGGAAUGACAGGUGCCAAUUCUUGGGCUCUCAAGGCUACAGUAUUAGUUGUGGUAGUAUUAACAGUAAUUAUAUUCGGUGGGACGACAGCUCGUAUGCUUGAAAUACUCGGAAUCCGCACUGGUGUCGUUGAGGAGAUUGAUUCUGAUGACGAAUUUGAUAUCGAAGCGGUUCCUGGAUACUCAUACUAUAAGAACAGCAAAAGCACUGGCUUUAGCAAUAGUCCUCAACGUUCACAAGGUUCUGUACCCCUAGACGGAUAUUCUGGACGUACCAUAGAGAAUGAAUCUUUGAUUAAAAAACAGCAGAAAUCUAAUCAACAUUCGAUAAACUCGAAUCUGAAAGGAUCGAUGAUACGCAGACCUUCCGCUGGUGAUUCUGAAGAACUCCUCAACUCAGUUGACAUAGAUUCGGAUCCUGAAUCCGAUGCAUCUGACCUGCCCCCCGCUGCUAACAAUAACAGACGCUCUCGCAAAAAUAACAUCGCUGAAAGGAACACAGAUGAAACUGGAAAGCCUUACCCAACAAGUGGGAGAACAGAAAGAGAUAUUGGACCUCAAAUUACGGCAAGUGGUGCCAUUAGUCAGCUUUUGCACUGCACAGCCGAGGAGCGUACGGAGUGGUUUAGACAGAUAGACGAAGAUUUCAUAAAGCCAAAAUUACUCUUAGAUAGCGGGAAGGGCAAUAAUACACACCCUGGAAACUAA